UGCUCUGGCACUAGGGGGCGAGUGGCGGGUUGGGCACGCGAGCGCCUCGGUAAUAAAGGGGGCGGGCUACCGGCGCGCGCCGGGGCCAAUCCAAGAUGGCCGUCCUGGCGGUGCACCUCCAGUCGGACGCCUUUUUGGUGGCCCUCAACCAUGCCCUGAGCACCGAAAAGGAGGAGGUCAUGGGACUAUGCCUCGGCGAGGUCGACACCUCCAAGGUUGUCCACAUCCACUCCGUCAUCGUUCUUCGACGUUCAGAUAAGAGGAAGGAUCGAGUGGAGAUUUCUCCUGAGCAGCUUUCUGCUGCUUCUGUGGAAGCAGAAAGAUUGGCUGAGCUGACUGGUCGCCCCAUGCGAGUUGUGGGCUGGUAUCAUUCUCAUCCCCACAUAACUGUGUGGCCAUCGCAUGUUGAUAUUCGCACCCAAGCCAUGUACCAGAUGAUGGAUGAGAGCUUUGUGGGACUUAUUUUCUCCUGUUUUGUGGAAGACAAAAACACCAAGCUGACCUGGGCCAGAACAGUGAUUCACUUGGAUAUUUUUCUUGGAUUUCACCAUCAGACUGGCCGUAUACUCUACACUUGCUUCCAGUCCAUUCAGGCCCAGAAGAGCUCAGAGUAUGAGAGAGUUGAUAUCCCACUCCACAUUGUGCCUCAAGAUACCAUGGGGAAAGCGUCUCUUGAGGCAGCCAUUGAAUUGCCUAAGAUUCUGUGCCAGGAGGAACAAGAUGCCUACAGGAAGAUCCACAGCCUUACUCACCUGGAUGCAGUAACUAAGAUCCACAAUGGUUCAGUGUUUACCAAGAACCUGUGCAAUCAGAUGUCAGCCAUCAGCGGCCCCCUUAUGCAGUGGCUGGAGGACAGACGGGAGUAUAACCGCAAGCUGCUUCUGGAAUUAGAGCAGGAGAAGGCAGCCCUGCUGGAGGAGCUUGCUAGCCUGGACUAAGGCAUCUGUCAUAUUCUCAAUAAAAAGUGCAUCUGCUACAUGA